AUGGAUUAUAUCUUGUAUUUUGUUGGAGAAGUGGCAAGAAAGGUAGAUACGGUCUAUCCGGGUGCCAGAAGCAUCUUUCAAGAAGGUAUACUGUUUGUUUCUAGGGUACUUGGAUCUAAAGGCGUCCUCUACUACACAAUUGGUUUGCAUCAGAUGCAGCUGACUCAGUGCAGUAAGAGAUUCUAUGAGGUUGAAAUCACCGCAUAUUACAAAAACGUCUCUAAUGUUGAAAUGUUUAGAGACGUGGGUGUUGACCUCAGAAUAGAAAUCACCUUUUUCUUUACGUUCGUUCACGCCAUAUUCAUUGAUGAUAUGAAACAUGACGUCAUUACCGCUAAAAUGGCCUCCCAACAAUCCACCAAGGUUAGCUAUGCCGAUAUUGGGAGUCGGCCAGCUGCUACCAUGCAACCCAGGGUAGCAAGGCCGGAGUUCUCCAACAUCGUAAUAGUGAAGCCAAGCGGGGGCAAAACUUUCGGCAGCACGAAGUCGAAGGUCAUCGGCGACUUCAUCCGGAAAGAGUGGAAGUUGGUUGCAGUAGCAAUUAGGUCCAGAUCCAAGGCUGGUGAAAUCAAUCCAAAGGACGUUAUGGACGCAGUAUCAAAAGUAUGUGCCGACAAUGUCACGAAUCUACAACCACCAAAUAAGGAUACCAAACCAAAGAGGAAGAGAUCCAGCACGGAUGUUCCGAAGACUGACGUAGUGGGUCAAUCAGUGGAAACGCCAAGAAAACUAAAAUGGCCUCCCAACAAUCCACCAAGGUUAGCUAUGCCGAUAUUGGGAGUCGGCCAGCUGCUGCCAUGCAACCCAGGGUCAGAAGUUAUUUCCGAAAUAAGAAGAAUGAUCCACAACUACCAAACCAACAACAACCAGACGAUUGAAUUAGUAUGGGUUCCAUCGCACGUCUCCAUUCCUGGCAAUGAUCAAGCAGACCGUUGUGCCAAGGAAAGUCUGAGUCUGGAGGAUAUCGAGCCUGUAGAAUACUCCUAUUCGGAGUUCUGCAGUAUCGUAUCUUCUAGGAUCAACCAGAAAUGGUCUGACAUGUUACGGAACCUCGACACCGCAAGAUACCAGAUUGAUCCGAAGAUACCAAACCAAACCAAACCAAACCAUCCAUGUGUAGCCAUCUGCAAAGUGGCAACCAGACUCCGGACCAACAACGUACUACGAGACCAUCAGUUCAACGCCAUUAAAUGUCGCUGCGGCCACGUUGCCACAAGGUCGCAUGUCCUCAUUCAAUGCACUGAACUGAAACCUGCUCGUAAGCCACUACUAGAGUACCUGGAAACCAACGGCAUACCACUCACCAUACAGAAUGUUUUGGCUCCACCCACGGACCACUGGUCUUCGAGUUUUCCAACAGAUAACAGAUAA